AAGCUAUAAAUCAUUUAAUCGUUUAAAUUGUAAACAAAAUAUUUAUUUAAUUAAAUAUAAGUAUUUACUGAACAACACAUCUGAACAGUCCGUAUGGAGUCAUCGUCGAGCGAAGAGUUAUCCCAAUCGCUGUCCGACAGUCAAUAUGACGCCCAAACGGUGUCCGAAGACUGGACUCUACUAUCGGAUAAUGAAGACAUGGAACCAGUGGUGGACUCUCCAGAGACUGCACAAUCAUCACCGCCGAUGGUCACCGUCUCGGCGCCCGACACCACCGCCGCCACCGCCUCUCAUGAGGUCUGUGUCUGUGAUUAUUGA